GGCCCCGCGCUCCAUUGGCGGGCUGUGGCCAAUGGCACUGCCGGGGCGGGGCUGGGCCGGGCAGUGUCGGGCCGGGAUGGCGCGGACCAAGGUGGAUCAGCGUGGACGAGCCUUCCGCAAGGUGCUGGUCGCCCGCGCUCCCCGCAAGGCGCUGGGCUCCGGCAGCAGCAGCAGCAGCGUCAGCGCGGGGCCGCCGCUGCCCGGCCGGAGAGGGCUGACACGCUCUCCCGCAGGUGACAGGCGCCCUGUGGGGCUGAACCGGGUCUGCGUGAGGCCGGUGCCCGCCUGGCAAAGGGGCAUCAGCGACUUCCUGAAGCUCCCGGCCAAGGAGAGCCGGGCACCCGAUGGAGACGCGCCCGGGACCAGCGGCCUGGAGUGGAGCUCGGCCCCUGCCACUGGAUCCUGCUGAAGAGGGAGCGUGCUUGGAGGAAGAGUAGAUGUGAUCUGACCUCGAUUUUCAUGUUACAAUGCUCCUCCUACUCGAGCUGGGUUUUGUACAUUUGCAUAGCUCUUUACAGUUUUUUUGUGGCUUCCUUUCAGCUUUUGUACAAGACUAAAAGUUUGAGAGAUGGCACGAACACUGGCACUUAAUUUUUACUGUUUGGAACUUAAUGUUCAUUGUAAACCACUGGUUUAAUUUUUAUCUUGGUUUGCUUGAGUUCCUCCCGUAUGUUGUGCAGCUUUUGUCUUUAAUCUUCUGCCUGCAUUGUGUUUGUGCAAGAAUUGCAUGAUCGUGGUUGUUCUGUUACUGCAAAGCAGAUCCUCGUUUUUUUAAUAAACUGAAGCCUUUUG